AUGUUCCUUUUUUUAUUGUUUCAAGGUCGUCGUGAGAUAUGUAAUGCUCAGAAAGGUGGAAAUAUUAGAGGACCAGUCGACUGUAAACUAGUGAAGUACAAGGCGCCAGAACAUGUUCCAGUCGGAGAUUGCUCUGGUUGGAGGGCGGAAACUUGGACACUCAAUGAUGAUUGCAGUAAAAAAAAGAAACACAAAAUGCACAAGAAAAAGAAGAAAAAUAAAUCAAAGAAGAAGGAUUGUGCAACCAAAUGCAUCACCACCACCACCCCCGCCACCGCCACCGCCACCGCCAUAUGUCCAAAACCAACUGUGGAAAAUAUUUGUUGUCCUUAUUUGAGGUGUGGAUGUAUUUGUGCAACGAGUGACUAUCCUGGAAGUGAGUAA